UCGGAGAGGAGACAGGAGUAACUUGUGACAUUUGUCAUUGGUACAGAGCUCCACGGUGUGCCAGCAGAAGGCGGGACUAACCAUACACGGGACUCACCUGUUGUUGUUUUGCUUCCUUCUGUUAUCGAUAAACUUUAUUUUUUAGUGUUUUUAACUGAAACCUUGAAGAUGCCAGCCGGGACUUUCGAGAGGACAUCUCCCUCCGCUGCGGCUGCCUCACCCGCCAGCGCGUACUCCACACCGGAGAAACCCCGCAGUCUGUCAGAGAGCAGAAAGUCCUCCAAACCAAUCAUGGAAAAGCGGAGACGCGCGCGCAUCAAUGAGAGUCUGGGCCAGCUGAAGACCCUCAUCCUGGACGCACUGAAGAAAGAUAGCUCCAGACACUCCAAGCUGGAGAAGGCAGACAUCCUUGAGAUGACUGUGAAGCACCUCAGGAACCUGCAGAGGCUUCAGAUCGCUGCUGCUGUGAACCCAGACCCUUCUGUCCUGGGUAAAUACCGGACUGGGUUCAGCGAGUGUGUAGGAGAGGUCACCCGUUUCCUGUCCACAUGUGAAGGGGUGAACACAGAGGUGAGGACCCAUCUCCUCAGCCACUUGGCGGCCUGCAUGACUCAAUUCAACGGUGUGAACUUCUACACGCCUCACCCAGGGGUGCACAGACUCGGACAAACUAGCACACCAACUCCUGUGGCCCCCGCUCCACAGUUGUCCUGUAAAACUGGCUCAGCAAUGCUCUCCUCCCCAGAAGCCAUGAAGCUGUACGGGGGCUUCCAGGUGGUCCCUACACCCGAUGGACAGUUUGCUUUUCUGGUCCCCAGCGCUGCUCUCAUGCCUCUGGGUGCACAGAACAGCCCUCACAUGUCACCUGUUGCACCUCCGGUAACCUCAGACUCGGUGUGGAGGCCCUGGUAGGAAACCAGCUCCACCUUUGGGUCCCAAUACAACAUAUUUUUGUACAUUUUGUAAAUGUUUUUGAAAAAACAACAUAAGAAGAAUAUAUGGACAUUAGGAGAUUUUCCUCAUGUCUUUGCUUGCUUUGAUUUUGUAUGGAUAGGAGGACAGAAAAUGCUUGAAAUGUUCUUGAAAAGCACUGUAUUUUUU